AUGACGAACAAAAGACGUGCUCCGCUAGAGGACAUCUCAAAUGCAAUUAUUGGGCAGGUCUUGGAGACCAAGGAUGCGCGCAUCGGUCGCGGCAAUGGCGAGGACUUCUCUGUCGAUCGGCCACAGGUAACCGCCGCGGCAUUAGAUGGCUUGUUUUUGGAUGGCAGACAGCUGCGCAUUGGUGGGGGACAGGCGCGCAGCAUCGGCGGGUGGGUGCGCUUGCGUGUUGCGCGCUGGUCCCUCCGCAAGGCUCUUAAUACAGGUCACGUGCUUGCCGCCGAGAGAGGACAGGCUGCCCUAAUCGCGCGUGCGCACGAUAGUCAAACGGUCGAGCUGAGCGGCCGGAGCCUGGACUGCACGACAUUGUCAUUGCUUCGUGUGGUCGGCCAGGUCGCAGUCACUGUCACCCCUGCUCUCCUUACGCAGCUCCGCUGCAGGCAGCUGAAGCUGCGCAGCGCGAUUCGCGCAUGGCAGGAUACGGUGCUGCUACCGACACAUGACUCCGAAGCCCUACUUGCAGAUCUGCGCAUUAUUGUAUCAAGCGGCGUGUACCCGGCCUCAGGGCCCAUGCUGAUUCACUCGUGUCCCCCGCUGCCCACUCCUGUUGCGCCACUGCAUGCCGCCCUGGCACUUCCAACAAUAACGCAGGAGCUCGAGCUCAACAAACCCCAAGUUUCGUUUCUGAUUGGCGAAAACGGGUCACGCAUUGAAUACAUAAAGGUUGCAUCCAGUGCUAUCGUCAAGGUCCUGCCUAUCAAGAACAAGCUGCAGAAUAGCGAGCUCAAAAACCCGAGCUGCGUGCGCCAGAGUCUCGCGAUUACUGGCGACCUCUGCGCUGUUGCCCGGGCGCUGACAUCAAUCCAGGCCUUCCUAGAUCUCUACCAUGCCAACGCCAAGCACAAGUUCUAG